AUGCUAAAGACCGAGCUGUCCAGCAAAAACAAGAUCUCUGCCCUCAACAACCUUGCCACAUCUGUCCUCAACUACAGCUUCGGAGUUUUCGAUUGGUCACCUACAGAACUCCAAGCCAUCGAUCGAGCGACUAGAAAACUCCUGACCAUGCAUCACACCCAUCAUCCGAAGGCUGCCGUUGAAAGACUCUACCUUCUGAGAUGCAAAGGAGGGAGGGGACUGAUUGAAUUCGAGUCCCUCUAUAAGUGUGCAUGCUUGCCAGGAUAUGACUUUGAUCCCAGCAAGGUCUCCUUCCCUCCUGAAGAGCUGAAGCCAACACCAAUGCUCAAGAAGUCUCGCAAGAAGACUGUACCAGACACCCAGAAGGAUGAUAAGUACUGGAGUCGAAGGGAGAAAAAUAACCUAGCAGCCAAACGGUCUCGGGAUGCACGUCGUCUCAAGGAGAAUCAGGUCACCCUUCGGGCUCUCUACCUUGAGGAGGAGAAUUCCAAGCUGAAGUCAGAGCUAGAAGUGCUGAGGGCAGAGAAUGAUUCACUCAAAAGUCGUCUACAAGAACUCUCAGCCUGCAAUGUGAAAAUCUAACCAUUACAUUUCUGUGUGAUGGAGAUGUGCUUGAAUCAAUGUGGGCUCUCUGAAUCCUGGUUCUUUGUUCUUACAUGUUUUUCCAUCUUGCUUAGAUGUCAUCUUUUGGGUGGUUCCCCUUUUUCUCCUAGAAGUUUUUGAUGUUUGGGGUGGAUUUCUCUUGAAGAAUUUUAUGCUCUUCUCGUUUGGUAAAUUCUAAGUUUCAUAUUGUGCAUGGAAUAUGUGUUGCACAAUCUGGACUUGGCAUUAGUUUGAUUGAAUGAGUAUCUUUUUAUUAGGUCUAUUUCUUCUUAGGGAUUCAUUGUUGCAUUGAAAACCAUCAUAUAUGUACCUGCUACUCUUAGGGCAUUAUUAUUGCUGACACCAUUUUUAAGUUUCCAUGCUAUCAGUGGUAAUGCUCCUGAAAAAAAAAAUUAGACAAGGAAAGACAUAUAUGAUGGUGGAUAGAUAAUGGGAGACCUUAGGUCUCCUCGAGAAAAGGUGCUCAUGUUUCUUGCGUCUCAUGGCAAAAAAUUUAUAUGUAGGAUGACCCUAGAAUUUCUUGAUCCAUGUAUGGUACCCUAGCAUUGAAACUAUGCACUACAGCUCAGUGAAAUUCCAAGACUAUUAUCAUCAGGGAAAAUAUUAUAUGAAGAAAUGUGUGCCUCAUAGGCAGUCCUGCUGAUGUGAUACCAGGUAUACAUAAGUGCAUAUAUGGAUGAACUGCUAAUGCUGCUAAUGUUCAGAUCUCAAAUAGUCUGUAAAGAUGCUGACCUUUGAGUAACAAGUGUUGUAGCUCUUGUGUAAUGCUAUUACUCUAAUGGCUUUGACAGGAACAGUAGCAUGCUCAGAAAAUCCCAAUGGGGGGAGGGGUUGACAUGAAAAAUUGGUAGCCCACUUUGCAUUUAUGGCCAAAUUUAAACAUUUUUGAGAAUUGAACCUGUAAAAUGUAUUCCAAGAGGGGUAUUAUGACAACCCCCUCCCCCAGGGCACAUCACUGGACAGGAACGAAUGCUUCAAAUCUGUCUGCACAUGCUGUGCAUGCAUGUGAUGUCACAUAAGAAAUCCUACCUAUGAGGCAUGUUUUCUUCUUAUACAAUGCCUUCCUUCAUGUGAUACUAUUCCCUAAGUUUCACUAAACUGCAGUGCACAAUUUUUAUGCUAAAGUGUCAUACAUCCAUCCAUUGAAUCACCCAGCAUGUGCAUCAUUGCUGAUGCUGAAACCUGUGUCAAAUGAUGGCACCAUGCCUCCUUCAGAUAAAAAGAGUCUUGUUACCCUUGGUUGAAAAGGUUGAAUAUCCUUACUAAUGUCAGAGUUAAUAUAACUUUAUAGGUCCUGCCCCUCUUUUUGCCAGAAUCAGCACCAGCACUGACCAGUGCUCACAUGAUGUGAUUGGUUGAAAGCUACCAUAGAUACCUUUUAUUCUUUUCUGUAGGCCUGCCCUAUUCCUGACAUUGCAAAAAGGGGAAAAUGCAUUUGCCAUUCCAUGUCCAUGAAAGUCUUUGGGGGCUUUGUGUAUUUGUGCUAAGUUUGUCAUGUGAGUGCCAUACUGAUAUUUUUGUAUCCUGGAAGACUGGACUGAGUACAAAGAUCCAUAGCAAUUGUUAGUGCAAACUGGUUGAAUAGUUAUUAUUCUCCUUUCAAUACUUUAUAUGUAUCAGGAUACAUGAAUUGUUUGAUCGUCUUACUAUUAGGUGUAUCAUGUCUGUGAUCUGGUUCUUCUUCCUUUCCCUCUCUUUCAUCUAGAAAGUUUAUAGCAGGAGGAGAAUGGAAAAAUGUGGAUGUGGUAUUUUUGAGAUGAACGUUAGCCAUGACUGAUGGUAUUGGCCAUUCAUGUUUACUGUUGCACCAAGAAUAGCUGCUUUUCAGUAAAGGUCUCUAUGGCUCAUACUGAA